AUGGCCUACUACUAUAACACUGUUCAUAACAAUUCUCAAUGUGAUUACAACAUCGCCUUCUUGGAUGAUAACAUAACCGCCACCCUAACCCGCAGCUCCUUCGCCGUCACCCAAUGGAUUUCAUUAAUCGAACACAUCCACCGCUGUCGUCUGCAUAAGCUCGUCGUCGGUUUUGACAUCGAAUGGCGUCCAAAUCGCCGUGGCGUUAUCAAUCCUGUAGCAAUUCUGCAACUCUGUGUUGGUCGGAGAUGUCUCAUCUUCCAAAUCUUCCACUCCGAUGGAAUCCCUCAUUCUCUCUACUCUUUUCUCAACAAUCGUAACUAUACGUUCGUUGGGGUCGGAAUCAGGGAAGACGUCAACAAGCUUUAUCAAGAUUAUGAAUUGUGGGUGGCUUGCACGAUGGAUCUUCGUAAUCUUGCUGCUGAAAAGCUGGACAUGAAAGACCUUAAUAGAGCUGGAUUGAAGAGGCUUGCGAUGGUGGUUCUUGAUACUGAAGUUGAAAAGCCUCGUCAUAUUACGAUGAGUAACUGGAACGGUUUGUAUCUUACCGAUGCUCAGGUGCACUAUGCUUGCCUUGAUGCCUUUCUUUCCUUUGAGAUUGGGAGGACUUUGAUCCGUACCAACUCUAGAUGA